AUGGGAGAUGAGAGAAAAAGAGGCAAACCUUUGGUGCUGGUAGCAAGUCCAUUCCAGGGGCAUAUGACUCCUAUGCUUCAGCUUGGCAGUGUCCUCCAUUCCAAAGGCUUCUCAAUUACCAUGGUUCACACCAAGUUAAACUCUCCUGAUCCUUCCAACCAUCCCGAAUUCGAGUUCCUUCCUCUUUUUGACAACUUUCUGGCGAUCGAUGCCUCAGCCAACUUCACGACGUUCCUCGAAGCACUUAACGACAACUGCAAAAUGCAGCUUCAAGAUCACUUGGCUCAAAAGAUUAGAGAAGGAAGAGAUGAUGAAAUGAUCACAAUCAUACAUGAUAAUAUCAUGUACUUUGCUGAAGAAGUUGCUAACAAUCUGAAUCUUCCGAGCAUCGUCUUGCGCAGUAGUAGUGCGUCGUAUGUGCCUGCUUUCCUUGCCCUUCCAAAACUUCAUGCAAAAGGGCAACUUCCUGUCAAAGAUUCUAUGUUGCAGGAGCUUGUCCCAGAGCUCCAUCCCCUGAGGUACAAGGAUUUACCUUUUAACAGAACAUCUACAGAAGUUGCAACAGAAAUGCUCGCGCUUUCGGAACGUAUUAGAACCCCUUCAGCCAUUAUUUGGAACACCAUGGAAUAUCUCGAAUAUUCAGCGCUGACACAACUUCGGCAGCGCUAUCAGGUUCCGAUUUUUGCUGUUGGCCCUCUGAGCAAAAUGGUUAGAUGCCCAUCUACUAGCUUUCUUAAAGAAGACACCAAUUGCAUUUCAUGGCUUGAUAAGCAAGCUCCAAGGUCAGUUAUUUAUGUAAGUUUGGGGAGUUUAGCCACCAUGGAUAAAACUGAGCUAGCCGAGACAGCUUGGGGGCUGGCCAACAGUAACCAGCCAUUCCUAUGGGUGGUUAGACCCGGUUCAGUUUGUGGGUCGGUGUGGAUUGAGUUUUUCCCAGAAGGUUUUACAGAAGAAAUCAGAGGAAGAGGUCUUGUGUUGAAAUGGGCACCACAAAAACAGGUGUUGGCACAUUCUGCAGUUGGAGGUUUUUGGAGCCAUUGUGGUUGGAACUCGACCUUGGAAAGUAUUUCCGAAGGGAUUCCAAUGAUAUGCCGGCCAGUUAUGGGAGAUCAAUGCGUAAAUUCUAGGUACCUAAGUUCUGUAUGGCGAAUCGGUUUGGAACUGGAACAUCUAGAGAGAAAGGUGAUCGAGAGUGCAAUCAGAAGACUCUUGGUGGACGAUGAAGGGAAAGAGAUGAGGCAAAGAGCAAUCCAUAUGAAAGAAAAGGCUAAACAUUCUUUAUGCAAUGGAGGUUCUUCAUUCAAAUUCUUGAAUGACUUGGUUGAAUUCCUCCUGAUUCAAACUAGACUUUAGGAUGCGUCUGGUGUGCAAACUACAUGGGAAUGGAUGGCACAAAAAGGAAAUAGUCACUUGUUUGGCAUGACAUGUAACAAAAACAAAAUGGGACAAGAUGUCCAGUCCUGUCCUGUCUGUGAGUCCGUCCCAUCUUGUCUGUGCAUCAAACACUACCUUAGAAAGCUCAGAUUAG